UGUGAUCAUACUCUGGAGAUCGUGGUUUUUACGCCCUUACCUUGCUUACCCCCUUGUUGUUCCUCUGUGUUGCUUUGGAUAUUAUUUGCAUGAAUAUUGCUCAUUUGCACACCCCACUAUUCUCUCCAUCUAUACACCCUUAGAACAUAGGGGAGGAAGUCGGAGCUCAGGCCGGGGGAUGGUGGGAAGAGACCAUUUAGCAUAACUCAUUCCUCGCUGAUCUACCCCCUCCCUCGAAGCCAACGCAAUCGAUCAUUAACGUGGCUAACCAAGGAAUGUUACGAAUACUUAAGGAGAAGCAUGAGGCACGUCAGCUACCUCUCCUCACCGAAUCAUUUUUCUUCAACGAAUGGGCUGAUUUGGCCUGGACAUACAAAAGGAGAAGGCAAGACUUUGACAAGGUGUUGAAGGCAUAUGUAGGCAAGGCUGGCAGUCGGAAACGAGCCUUGGAUCUGGAAAUCGCUAACAAUCCAACCAGGGUGGCUGGACUCCAGAAGACCUUCCAGGAAAUCUGGAGGGAGCCCCCUCCACCGGCCGUGCCCAUCAAUUCACCACCUUCCAACAUCAUCGACAACUUCGAUGAUAUGGAUGAGAAACUUGAACUUGAAGCUCUCAUCAACGCCCCCGUACCCCUUCGAAAGAGGAAGAGAACAUCGAGCGGAGGAGGCUCUGUGAAGAACUUUCUCCCCAUCUCGUCCCAUCACUGGGUGGAGCACAUGGCCAAGGCCACUGACUCUAGGGUCUGGACUCUGGAUUCCUUCAACCACCUGGCCCCGAUCAAUCACAAUGGUUAUCGGUUCUUGGGGGACCUGUUGGAGGCAGAGAUCAAAGAAUGCAGGGAGGACGCGUUCAGAGGGACCUUGCAUCACCAAGGACAAGGGAAAGCUGCCUUCAAUGAUGAUAGUGCCCCUCUUCCACCAAUGAACCUGUUUGAUCCAACCAGAUGCUCCCUCCCAGSCCCCGCCGUGCUGCAGAAGGYGCUGCCGUCUGAAAUCACAUGCCAGCACCGUAUCCUCAGAAARAUAUGGAAUGYUGGGMGCCCCUACCUCAAAUGMGGCUGUGGUCAGGAGGGAAACAAGGCUUGUGAGGUUGGCCCAUUAUGGGUCGACCAUGCCAUCUGGUUUCUCCUUACCCACCCGGAGAUGGUCAGACCUGAUGGCAGCUCCAACACAGUACGGAUUGGAUGCCUCCUCCACCUUCUCAGAGGUAGGUGGAAGCCACUGAUCAAGCUGUGCCUGACCUUCAAUGUCAUGAGAGAUAUCAUGGUAUCUGUCAUUCUUGCUGUUGAGAAAGACCCUCUCAUCACGGCAGGCCCUGUGUUUGGCAAACUGCCGUUCGCCAAGAAGCCCUUUGCCGUACUCAUGGGGAGUGCACUACUCCCAUCCAGAGCAACCUUUCUCCCCCGUGCCCCUGAGGUAUCGAACAAGAAGAAGAAGUCCCCCAACAAGCGACAGAAGACCGCUGCCGCCCUCUCCCCAACGCAGAGACUCCUUUCGGAAGCCUUCUUUCCCCUCCAGAAGACCAGCCAGAUUGCGGCUGUAAGGAGGGCCAACAACAAUGCAUCAUCAUCAAUGGACGGACUUGUCACCGCCGAGCGAGUCGAAUGCACCCCACCAACUGAAGGACCAGCCACCAACCUGGCCCAUGGCAACACCCAGACGGAUAUGGUGAUUGGGGACUAAUCAUGGUACCUGUUGCUUGUGUCUGUGCUUUCCAGUGCUGAUUGGUUGUGACCUUUAACGUAG